GCGGGAGACGCGGCCAGGAGCGGGAGCCGGCGGCGAACGGAGCCCAGCCGAGACAGGCCGAGCCCAGCCCAGCCCAGCCCAGCCGAGCCUCGGCCGCCAUGCCGCGGGAGAUCAUCACCCUCCAGCUGGGCCAGUGCGGCAACCAAAUCGGGUUCGAGUUCUGGAAGCAGCUCUGUGCCGAGCAUGGCAUCAGCCCCGAGGGCAUCGUGGAGGAAUUCGCCACCGAGGGCACCGACCGCAAGGACGUCUUCUUCUACCAGGCAGACGAUGAGCACUACAUCCCCCGCGCCGUGCUGCUGGACCUGGAGCCCCGCGUCAUCCACUCCAUCCUCAACUCUCCCUACGCCAACCUCUACAACCCAGAGAACAUUUACCUGUCGGAGCACGGCGGCGGAGCCGGCAACAACUGGGCCAGCGGCUUCUCCCAGGGAGAAAAGAUCCAUGAAGAUAUCUUUGAUAUCAUAGACAGAGAGGCUGAUGGCAGCGACAGUUUGGAAGGCUUUGUGCUCUGCCACUCCAUUGCCGGUGGCACAGGCUCCGGGCUGGGCUCCUACCUGCUGGAGAGGCUGAAUGACAGGUAUCCCAAGAAGCUGGUGGAGACCUACUCAGUGUUCCCAAACCAGGACGAGAUGAGCGACGUCGUUGUGCAGCCCUACAACUCCCUGCUGACGCUGAAGAGGCUGACCCAGAAUGCUGACUGCGUGGUGGUCCUGGACAACACAGCCCUGAACCGGAUCGCCACGGACCGGCUGCACAUUCAGAACCCUUCCUUCUCCCAGAUCAACCAGCUGGUCUCCACCAUCAUGUCUGCCAGCACCACCACGCUGCGCUACCCUGGCUACAUGAACAACGACCUGAUCGGGCUGAUCGCCUCCCUCAUCCCCACGCCGCGCCUGCACUUCCUCAUGACAGGCUACACCCCGCUCACCACCGACCAGUCGGUGGCCAGCGUGAGGAAGACCACGGUGCUGGAUGUGAUGAGGAGGUUGCUGCAGCCUAAGAACGUGAUGGUGUCCACCGGGCGAGACAGGCAGACCAACCACUGCUACAUUGCCAUCCUCAACAUCAUCCAGGGCGAGGUGGAUCCUACGCAGGUUCACAAGAGCCUGCAGCGGAUCCGGGAGCGGAAGUUGGCCAACUUCAUCCCCUGGGGCCCUGCCAGCAUCCAGGUGGCUCUGUCGCGCAAGUCGCCCUACCUGCCGUCCGCGCACCGCGUCAGCGGCCUGAUGAUGGCCAACCACACCAACAUCUCCUCGCUGUUCGAGCGCACGUGCCGGCAGUACGACAAGCUGCGCAAGCGCGAGGCCUUCCUGGAGCAGUUCCGCAAGGAGGACAUCUUCAAGGAGAACUUCGACGAGCUGGACAACUCCCGGGAGAUCGUGCAGCAGCUCAUCGACGAGUACCACGCGGCCACGCGCCCCGACUACAUCUCCUGGGGCACGCAGGAGCAGUGAGGGACCCCGGGGCCGCCUCCGCUCGCCG